AUGUCAGCAGCUGGAAUUCCUGCUGAGGUUGAUGCCGAUCAAAUUAAAUCAUUUAGAGAUUUUCUUACAUCUUAUAAUAAACUAUCCGAGUUGUGUUUUGUUGAUUGUGUUUGGGACUUUACGACGAGAUCAGUAAAAUCUCAAGAAGAAAGAUGUGCAUUGAAUUGUAUGGAAAAAUAUUUAAAAAUGAACCAAAGAAUAUCUAGAAGAUUUCAAGAAUUUCAAGUGACUGCUAAUGAAAACGCGUUAGCCGAAGCAAAAAAAACAGGAAUUCAACGAUGA